ACAUUUAAUUUCUAUUUUUGUUCGAUCGAUCGCCCAAUUUUUUUUUAUAUUGUCGUCACGUAUAAAUUAAAUAAUUAAAUUGACUGAAAACCACGGGAUGAAACGUGCAUAUAUAUACAAGAACACGGAAGAAAAAGAUGGUAAAGUUUUGGCGGUGGAAAACUCGAUUGAAGAACUGAAAUCUCAAAUCUCUUUUCACUUUGGAUUGCCGAAUGAAAACAUUAGACUGUUUUCGUCAAACGGCUGUGAAAUUAUCGACGCGAGAAUUAUAAGGGAUGAAGAGAAAUUAUACCUGAGUGUAGAAGGUAACAAUGUUCCGAAAAGCUGUGAUACUAUAGCAAAGUCUAUAGCUAAAUUAAAUGUUGGUGAUGAUGGAGAUUUUCAAGAUGACAUGGCCUGUUGCAAGUCAGUUUCUGAUUGGAUAACCCUAAAUAUUGGUGGAAAGCGCUUCACUACUUCCCGCUCUACGAUUCUGGCCAAAGAACCUUUGUCAAUGCUGGCCAGAAUGUUUGAUGACAAUAACAUGUACUUAAUGACUCCAAGCGCCACAGAUAAAAAAGGCGCGUAUUUAAUUGAUAGAAGCCCGGAAUAUUUCGAUCCGAUUUUGAAUUAUCUGAGACAUGGCGAGGUUAUUCUGAAUAACAAUGUCAAUCCAAGAGGAGUUCUUGAAGAAGCAAUAUUUUAUGGCAUUGAAUCAAUGAUACCACAGCUGAAUCAGCUUAUUGAGGAAUCUAGAAGCAGUAUUGUCAAUAACCAAGCCCUGACCAGAAUGGAUGUGGUCCGGUCUAUCAUCAUGACCUCCAACAGCACUGAGUUAAGGUUCCAAGGUGUCAAUCUGGCUGGUGCUGAUCUCAAUAGGCUAGAUUUGAGAAAUAUUAAUUUUAAGUAUGCCUGCUUAUCAAGAUGCAACCUGAUUGGUGCUAAUCUCUCGCACUGCUGCCUGGAGAGGGCUGACCUGUCUCAUGCCAACUUGGAGGGCGCUCAGUUGCCCGGAGUCAAGGCUUUGUGUGCUAAUAUGGAAGGUGCCAAUUUAAAAGGCUGUAAUAUGGAGGAUCCAUAUUCAAACUCCAGAGCUGUGAUGGAAGGAGUCAAUUUAAAAGGUGCCAAUCUAGAGGGCAGUAAUAUGCCUGGCGUUAAUUUGAGGGUGGCAACACUGAAAAAUGCAAACCUUCAGAAUUGUGAUCUCAGAAGUGCCGUGUUGGCGGGAGCCGAUUUGGAGUGCUGCGACCUCUCUGGAAGUGAUCUCCACGAGGCUAAUCUCCGCGGCGCGAAUUUGAAGGAUGCCGCGUUCGAGCUUAUGCUUACUCCACUUCACAUGUCCCAGACUAUUAGAUAAAUUGGCCCUGACGUUUUUACAGUGUCCAAAAAUUUUUGAAAAUAAAUGUAGGCGCUGUGUUUGCCAGUGGGCAACACUGGUUGUUUAUAAACCAAUUACAACCAUUUGUUUUAGUAAAUAAAAUAUAUGACCGCCUUAUAUAUGCCACCUUUUUAUAGAUACUUUUUCUGGACGCAUGUACUCUAGUAUAUUUAUAUUAUGUACUUACUUAAAAUAAAUUAUUUACUCAUGCUUUUUGCUCACAAA